AUGACCGAUCAAGAAGUGAAAAAUUCUUCUGCUCCGUCGACUCGAACCGCCGUUGUCCCAUCGGGAAUGUCUGUCGCGAAACAGGCUCAAAAACCGACGGACAGUCUCAAAAAUAUAGUUCCUUUCAAUGCGUCAUUAUUCACCAUUCUCACUAUCAUCGGCACCCUUCAAAUCUCGGCUCUUUCCCCGUCCCUCGGCUCAUUUCUCUCCCUUAUCAUCUCCCUGUUCACUUAUGAGUGGCAAGCCCUCCACUUACCAUCGAUGACAAGAAGCCGUCGCGCGUGUUUCGACGUGGCAAAUGUGCUGGAGACGUAUCAACCGCGAGCACGAACCCAUGGACAUCUAUUCGUGCCCGAUCCGCCGACACCGUGCGUUAAAAUUUCUGAAGAAGGAAAUCAACAUAUGCCGAAGGAGAAAAAUGCGUUUAGCAACGCCAGAGAUGCUCACUACGAGAACAUGUACCAGAAGGCGAUUCAGAUGGCAAAAGAGAUGGAUCAAAUGGAGAAGCUCGCCGCAAGUCCGAACCUCGACGCAUCACAAAAUGUCGAGUUGAAGCCAGCGGAUCCGGAAAAGGAUAAGAAGGAUAGUGAGGAGAAGGCGAAGCAGGCCAAAAAGAAGUACGAUGAGGAUAUGGCGAAACCGUUUAGCUGUUGA